AUGCUUAACAAGAAAAUCAUCAAACCAGCUGGUAAAGUUGCCACUGAAUUCGAAAACACUGUUGCCCAAGCAUUAGUUGAUUUGGAAAACAACAACGCCGAAUUAAAAGACUUAAAAGAUUUAUCAGUCUGUUCAGUCAAGGAAGUCGAUGUUGCUGAAUCCAAAAAAGCUGUUGUCAUCUUUGUUCCAUUCCGUCAACUCAAAAACUACAACAAAAUCCAACAAAAAUUAACCUAUGAAGUUGAAAAGAAACUCGGUGGUAAACAAGUUAUGUUCAUUGCCCAAAGACGUAUCAUCCGUAAGCCAGCCUCAAACAACAAGAUUAAAAUGCAAAAGAGACCAAUCUCCCGUACCAUUAAAGCUGUCCACGAUGCUAUUCUCGAUGAUUUAGUAUUCCCAAACACUAUUGUUGGUCGUCGUUUAAGAUACAGAUUAGAUGGUUCAAAACUCCACAAAAUCUACUUAGAUCGUAAAGAAAUGUUAUCAAACAUCUCUAAAGUUGACUCCUUCUCUGCUGUCUACCACAAAUUAACUGGUAAAGAAGUUGUCUUUGAAUUCACUCAACAAACCGCUGAAAACUAA